AUGCCUUUCUCCUCUUAUAUUGGUGGCAACACUCGCCGUGCCAACAUCUUGCCCAACUCACCUCUCCCCACUCUCUCUCCCACCCCGACCAAAUCAAAACAUCCAUCAAGAAAGUUGCGCAAAAGGACGGCUCUGAUUAACUUCAUCUUCACAAACUUCUUCACCAUCGCUCUUUCCAUCUCUCUCUUGUUCCUUUUAAUAACCAUCCUUCUCUUUGGCAUCCCAAAACCCUUCCUCUCCUCUCCUUUUAAAUCAAAGCCUCCUCCUUAUAAGGAUUUGUAUGAUAGGAUCCAGUUCUUGGAUGUGGAUGGUGGGCCGUGGAAGCAAGGAUGGAGAGUGAGCUACAAAGGGAAUGAAUGGGAUAGUGAGAAAUUGAAGGUUUUUGUGGUGCCUCAUUCACAUAAUGAUCCAGGCUGGAAGCUUACUGUGGAGGAGUAUUAUGAUAGGCAGUCUAGGCAUAUACUUGAUACAAUUGUCCACACACUUUCUAAGGAUCCUCGUCGGAAAUUCAUAUGGGAAGAGAUGUCUUAUUUGGAGAGGUGGUGGAGGGAUGCAUCGGUGGAAAAUAGAGAAUCUUUUACCAAUUUAGUCAAGGCAGGCCAGUUGGAAAUUGUUGGUGGCGGUUGGGUAAUGAAUGAUGAGGCUAAUUCACAUUAUUUUGCCAUAAUCGAGCAGAUUACAGAGGGGAAUAUGUGGUUGAAUGACACCAUUGGGGUUGUUCCUAAGAAUUCAUGGGCGAUAGAUCCAUUUGGUUACUCUCCUACCAUGGCAUAUCUACUCCGUCGUAUGGGUUUCGAAAACAUGCUUAUUCAAAGAACCCACUAUGAGCUGAAGAAGGAACUUUCUUUGCAAAAGAAUUUAGAAUACAUAUGGCGUCAAAGCUGGGAUGCUGAGGAAAGCACUGAUAUUUUUGCACACAUGAUGCCCUUCUAUUCAUAUGAUAUUCCUCAUACUUGUGGACCAGAGCCUGCUAUUUGUUGUCAAUUUGAUUUUGCUCGAAUGCAUGGCUUUAAUUAUGAAUUUUGCCCAUGGGGCAAACAUCCGGUGGAAAUCAACCAGGAAAAUAUACAGGAGAGAGCACUGAAGCUACUGGAUCAAUACAGGAAGAAAUCAACUCUGUACCGGACUAAUACUCUCCUUGUUCCUCUUGGUGAUGAUUUCCGCUACAUCAGUAUUGAUGAAGCUGAGGCUCAGUUUCGGAAUUACCAAAUGUUAUUUGAUUACAUCAACUCUAGUCCUAGUUUAAAUGCAGAGGCAAAAUUUGGUACUUUGGAUGAUUAUUUCCGAACUCUUCGUGAAGAGGCUGACAGGAUAAAUUAUUCUCUUCCUGGAGAGGUUGGCUCUGGUCAGAUAGGGGGUUUUCCAUCUCUAUCAGGUGACUUCUUUACUUAUGCUGAUAGGCAGCAGGACUAUUGGAGUGGCUAUUACGUCUCAAGGCCUUUCUUUAAGGCUGUUGAUCGGGUACUAGAGCAAACACUUCGUGCUGCAGAAAUAAUGAUGGCUUUGUUGCAUGGUUAUUGCCAGAGAGCACAAUGUGAAAAAUUGGCCACAGGAUUUGCCUACAAGAUGACUGCUGCUAGGAGGAAUUUAGCUCUUUUCCAACAUCAUGAUGGGGUAACUGGCACUGCUAAGGAUCAUGUUGUUCGGGACUACGGAAUGCGGAUGCAUACUUCUUUACAGGACUUGCAGAUUUUCAUGUCCAAGGCUGUUGAAGUGCUGCUUGGUGUUCGCCAUGAAAAAUCUGAUCAUAACCCAUCUCAGUUUGAGUCGGAGCAGGUGAGAUCUAAAUACGAUGUUCAGCCAGUGCAUAAGGUUAUUGGUGCUCGCGAAGGAACUUCACAAUCUGUUGUACUUUUUAAUCCCUUAGAGCAAAGUAGAGAAGAGGUUGUGAUGGUUAUUGUUAGCAGGCCUGAUGUUACUGUUCUGGAUUCAAACUGGACUUGUGUCCCAAGCCAAGUGUCCCCUGAAUUGCAGCAUGAUAAGGGCAAGAUUUUUACCGGGAGGCAUCGUGUCCACUGGAAAGCUUCUAUUCCUGCCAUGGGGUUGCAAACAUAUUAUGUUGCUAACGGUUUUGUGGGAUGUGAAAAAGCAAAACCGGCAAAACUAAAAUACUUCUCGAUGUCCAAAUCAUUUUCUUGCCCUGCUCUGUAUGAUUGCUCCAAAAUAGAUGGUGGUGUGGCCGAAAUUCAGAAUCAACAUCAAAUUCUCACCUUUGAUGUCAAGCAUGGUUUGUUGCAGAAAGUAACUCAUAGAGAUGGUUCAAUGAAUGCCGUGGGUGAAGAAAUAGGAAUGUACUCUAGUUUCGGAAGUGGGGCCUACCUAUUCAAACCCAUUGGUGAUGCUCAACCUAUCAUUGGGGCUGGUGGGCACAUGGUGAUAUUUGAGGGUCUAUUGGUGCAGGAAGUGUACUCUUAUCCUAAAACAACAUGGGAGAAAACCCCCAUCUCCCAUAGCACUCGAAUUUAUAAUGGAGAUAGUGCUAUGAAGGAAUUGCUUAUUGAGAAAGAAUACCAUGUUGAGCUUCUUGGCCAAGAUUUUAUUGACAAGGAACUGAUAGUUAGAUACAAGACAGAUCUCGAUAAUAAAAGGAUUUUCUUUUCUGAUUUAAAUGGCUUUCAGAUGAGCAGGAGAGAAACUUAUGAUAAGAUACCCCUGCAGGGUAAUUACUACCCUAUGCCUUCUCUAGCAUUCAUGCAAGGAUCUGGUGGUAAGAGGUUCUCUGUCCAUUCUAAACAGUCGCUGGGUGUGGCCAGCCUUAAAGAUGGAUGGUUAGAGAUUAUGCUUGACCGCCGUUUGCUAAGAGACGAUGGACGUGGUCUUGGGCAAGGAGUGAUGGAUAACCGUCCAAUGAAUGUGCUCUUUCACAUCCUUUUUGAGUCUAACAUUUCUUCCACCUCAGAUCCUGUUUCCAAUCCUCUUCCUCUCAGCCCUUCUGUUCUCUCUCACUGUGAGUUAUCUGUGCAACCACCUCCAAGAACCUUCUCGCCUUUGGCUGCUCCUUUGCCUUGUGACUUGCAUAUUGUGAAUUUUAAGGUUCCCCGGCCGUCAAAAUAUUCUCAGCAGCUGAUUGAAGAUUCUAGGUUUGUCCUGAUCUUACAAAGGAGACAUUGGGAUGCUUCAUACUGUCGAAAGGGUAGAUCUCAGUGCACCAGUGUUGCUAAUCAGCCUCUAAAUCUUUUCAACAUGUUCAAGGGGCUUGAGGUGUUGAAUGCAAAGGCAACUUCUUUGAAUCUUUUGCAUGAAGACAUAGAGAUGCUUGGAUAUAUGGAGCAGGUUGGGAAUGUAGGUCAAGAGGGACAUGUAUUCAUCUCUCCCAUGGAAAUACAAGCAUACAAGUUGGUAUUGCGGCCGCACCAGUAA